GGCUGCGCCAUUUGUGAAAGUGAGUCUUUACUUUGGUCGGCUGCACCUCGACUGGUUAUGGCUUCCACCAAGAAUCUCGAUGUCACCCAAUCCACCACCGGCCCAGCGGCCGCCCAAUCCACCACCGAUCCAGUGGCUGCCCAAUCUACCACCGGUCCAGCGGCGGAAGAAACCGAGCAGAAAAUAAGUGAGAAUGUAGCUGGUAGGGUAGCCAGCCUGCCGCUGGUCAGCUCUGCCUACGACAUGGUCUCGGCAGCAUAUACCUCUACAAAAGAGAGCCAUCCCUACAUGAAAUCAGUCUGUGACAUGGCAGAGAAGGGAGUGAAGACCAUUGCUUCGGUGGCGGUCAGCGGCGCCCAGCCCAUCCUCAACAAACUGGAGCCACAGAUUUCCACAGCCAAUGAAUACGCCUUGAAAGGUUUGGACAAGCUGGAAGAGAAAUUGCCAAUCCUUCAACAACCCACAGAUAAGAUCAUUUCAGACACAAAAGACCUGGUGACCGGGGCUAAGGAGGCGGUGAGUUCCACCGUCAGUGGCAUGGUGGACAAAACCAAGGAAGUAGUCCAGGGCGGCGUGGACAUAACCCGCUCGGCUGUCCAGAGUGGUGUGGAGAUGACCCGCUCCGCGGUUUCCAGCAGCGUCAACACCGUGAUGGAGUCUUCCGUGGCACAGAUGGUGUCCAGCAACUUGGAAGCGGCCCUUGGAAAAUCUGAAGAGAUUGUGGACCAUUAUCUUCCCAUGACCGAUGAAGAACUGGCCAAACUGGCUACCUCCGUGGAGGGCUUUGAAAUUGGCACGGUGGAGCAGCAGAAGGAGCAGAAAAGUUACUUUGUGCGUCUGGGGUCCUUGUCCAGCAAACUUCGCCACCGGGCCUUCCAACACUCCCUGGUCAAGUUGAAAAGGGCCAAGCAGGGCACCCAAGACUCGCUGUCCCAGCUGCACCAGACCAUUGAACUGAUUGAACACGUCAAACAGGGAGUUGAUCAGAAGAUUCAAAGUGGCCAGGAAAAGCUCCAUCAGAUGUGGCUGCAGUGGCACCAGAAGCAGGCUCCUGAGGUGACCCAGAAGGAGGCCCCCAAGCCACAGGAGAUCGAGUCCCAAGCUCUGGAGGUCUCCCGUGGCCUCACCCAACAGUUGCAAUCGGCUACCACGACGCUGGUCUCCAACCUCCAAGGUCUACCAGCCGGCCUUCAAGAGAAAGUGGGCCUUAUCCGCCAGAACGUCGACGAGCUCCGUACCGCCUUCAUGACCGCUGGAUCUUUCCAGGAUCUGCCGGGAUCCAUCCUAGCUCAGAGUCGGGAAAAAGUUGCCAAGGCCCGUCAGUUGACGGAUGAGCUAAUGGAUCACGUGGUGCAAAAUGCCCCUCUCACUUGGCUUGUAGGCCCCUUCUCGGCCUCGGGCAAAAAAGAGGGCGAAGAAAUAGAAAUGAAAUAGCAUUUCAAGGAUGCAAGCAAAUCAGAAUAUUGUUAAGUGUAAGGCGGGGGGUUUUUUUUGGAGCAAAGGGAAGAAUUACGCUUGGCUGCAAAUAGUUGAAAUAAAUAUAGAAUUCUUGGUGUAAAAGAUUGCUGGACCAAGGAAAGUCGAAGGAUUUUUUGAUGGUCCGGUUGCUUUUGUUUUUCUAACAUGAUCCAGUGAAAUUUUGGGCCGACGGGCUUAUUUCGCCCAAUUUAACACGCCUGAUUUCAUACUGUAAAUUGGCAACUGAAGAGGCGUUUAUCUCACUAACUCAUCUAAAAGCAAGUGUUUUUUUUAACGUUGCAGGAUUAGGAGAAUAGAAUCCAUUUUAAAUGGAUAUGGCCCAAAUUAAGAAGCGGUUAUCUAUAUUUUUCAUGUAACCAACUUCUUUUCAAUUGCUGGGAGAUUAUUCUUGCAAGAGAAAUCUCAGAGACAAAGAAUUAUUCAGUUUGAUGCAAAAUGCAGAACAAUGGGGAAGCUUAACCAAUUAUACGCAACCUUUUUCUUCUGAAUUUUCUCUUCCCCGUGAUAAUUCUCUGGCUUAAUUGAUUUUUUGCAAAUAGUGACAACUGAGAAAGCUGAAGUUGCCAGAAAUGUAAGUGGGAUGAAAGGAUGGAG